CAUUGCGUCCGUAGUAGGCACACAAAAACAAAAUUUUAUUCUUUACAGCGCUCUUUUAAUUAUUUAAAAUGGUUCAUGUAACAGUUCACAUCGAUUUUUUUCUCAUCGAUGAGGGCGCAAACAUUUCUUGAACAAAAACAUGCAAGCGUGAGAGAUUGGUGAAAGUGGAUGAUGAUUUAGUCACCAAUCCAUCUUCAGAAAAAGUUCCCGUUUGAUUCGAGAGGAGAAAUCUCCAAAACUUCAAGGAUGGAAUUCCAGCCUGCCCCGGGGGACUACCAAGGCAAUGAAUACAUCGAUGGAGCUAUCCCUGUCGAAGGCUACGCUGGUGAUGAUGGACACCCUCCUAUCGUUGAUGAAUACGGUGAUGGGACCCAGAUGCCUAUGCAUGGAUCGUACAGGGAGCUUCACAGCGUGAUGGCAGAUGGGGGCAAUCACUACGGGGUAUCGGCUGUAGCGUUUGACAGACAGGAAGAACUACUAUGGAUGGGAAACCAAGGGGGCCACGUUACUUCGUACUACGGCCCUCAGAUGCAGAAACACACAUCAUUCCAGAUGCAUGCAUCCAGUGAGAUCAGACAGAUCACAACGUUUGAUGGUGGAGUGCUAGGAUUGUCCAGUAACAGUCUUCACUGCCAUGCUAGACAAGGACUAAGAGUCUUUGACUAUAGAGGUGAAUCUCUUCAGGACAUGCAGUGUAUGUUGAUCUACAAUGGCACGCACCUCCUCAUGGGAGGUCAUCAGCAGCUACUAGUAGAGUUUGACCUCGUAGAAGGCAGAGAGGCGGGGUCCUUCACAGCCCAAGAUCCGGGCGUGGCCAUCAUGAGACACGGCAAGAACUUCAUCUGCUGCGGAGACACAAGUGGAAAGGUUCAUUUGCGAGAUCUGAACUCCCUGAAGGUGGAGCAUGUUCUGGAUGCUCACUCCGGAACUCUGAGUGAUUUUGACGUUCAUGGACAUCAGCUGGUGACGUGUGGCUACGGCGAAAGGAAUGGAGGUCUAUCCUUGGAUCGUUACUUGAUGGUCUACGACCUUCGAACUAUGCGACCCAUGAACCCACUACAUAUACCAAUUGAGCCAUGGUAUUUACGCUACGUGCCGACCUACUCUAACAGAGUUGUUGUCGUCAGUCAGACCGGUCAGUUCCAGCUUCUUGACCCUGGUGGUCUGGUGACCCCUGAAGCCAUGCUACUCUAUCAGGUCAACAUAGCGGGUGACAUGGCGCUAGCGUUAGACGUCUCUAGUAACUACAAGGCUAUAUCAUUCGGAGACUCUGGAGGUUGUGUUCAUAUGUGGACAGACUCUGAAGAAGUUACGUUCAAUGCGUUUCCACGAGAGACUGAGUUUGCUCAUCCUCCUGACGACCAUCGCCCGAUUUCCAUCUCUAAUGAGUUUGCCUCAUACUCGUCCAUUCCGAUGCCAUUCUGUGAUGGAACGCUCCUCUCUGAUUGGCCACAGGACUGCUGCCGACCCGUCAUGAGACAAGCUCCGGCGGUUGACCCUGAAAUAUUACGCUCCAUGAAGGUGGUGCAGUUCAUCGGCUAUGCCCCCAACCCAGGCACCAAGAAACGCAAUCAGGUCAUGUAUAAGGAAGUCAAGCCGGGGAAGCGCAAAGGGAAGAGCCAGGUACCUGAAUCACCACUCGGGAGAGAUGCGGAUACCCACAUGUACAUGGUGCCUAAAUACUAUCGCAAAGUGGAGAUCAAAUACUCCAAGCUGGGUGUGGAUGACUUUGACUUCAGACAUUACAACCAGACAAACUUUGCUGGUCUGGAACCCCACAUCCCCAAUGCGUAUUGCAACUCAAUGCUACAGUUGCUGUACUUCGUUGAGCCGUUAAGAUGUGUACUAGAGAGCCAUCUGUGUACGAAGGAAUUCUGUCUGGCGUGCGAGCUUGGAUUGCUCUUCUACAUGUUGGAUCAGUCAAAGGGACAGACAUGCCAGGGAAGUAACUUUCUGCGAGCAUUCCGUACCAUUCCAGAGGCGUCUGCUCUUGGGCUGCUUCUAGGGGAUGCUGAAGAGUCUGCUGGCAAGGCCAACUUCCCUCGCCUGAUCCAGAGCUGGAAUCGCUUCGUGCUUCAACAACUUAUUCAGGACACCAUCGAGACAGAUACUUCUCCAUCAGGAACAGAGAGGAUUAAACAGAUGUUUGAGUCCGAGGUUCAGACAGAGGUCAAAUGUCGAUGCGGAAAGGAAACCGAGAGGAAAUCAACAAGUCUGUUAGUCACCCUGACAUACCCAGAGUUUCUUCCACCAACUGCUUCGAGGCCUGCCAAGGAAGUCUCAUUCGCAUCUGUCCUUCAGAAUAGCAUGCUACUGGAUCAGACAAUGCAGGCAUGGUGUGAUGAUUGUAACAGAUACCAACCUACGUCUCAAAAGAGGACGUACAAGCGCUUGCCAGAUGUCUUAUCCAUCAACUGUCACUUGGAGUCUAACAAUGACAUGGUCUUCUGGAAAAUACAAGAACAGCUUGCCUUGGCCAGGGAGUCCGAGGCCCAUAAGCAGCAGUUAGAAGCAAACAUCGCCAGCAUUAAGAUGUGUCGUUAUGGUCAGGCAUGCACCAGACAGGGAUGUAAGUUCAGGCAUAUGGACGAACGAGACGCUUCAAACCCGCUCCUUCAGGAGGAGAACAAAGCGUCUUGGUUGCCUCAUGGUCUGAGGAUAAGACUCAAUAAAGAUGGGUCUAUUGAGAUUCAAGAAGUCAGAGAUGAGGAGAAGGUUGAGAAUUCAACAGGGUUUGUCAAUUACUACCUUCAUGCGUCGGUUGGUCAUAUAAGAGAUAUACGUACUGGAGGUAACCUGAUUGCCCAUGUCCAGGUUGGGAAGACCUACCAUAAACGUAAAGAGGGAGUGACACACAUGCAGUGGUACAUCUUCAAUGACUUUAGUAUUGAGUCCAUAGAGAAACAUGAAGUUGUUCAAUUCAACAUGGAGUGGAAGGUCCCAUGCGUCUUGUAUUACAUGAGAGAAGACAUCAACGACCAUUAUGAAAUCACAAUCAAAUCACCCAUCGACCACACCGUCCUGCAGCCAGAAGCCUCGUUAUCUCAAGGUGUUCUCAGUCAUAGUACCUUCACUCCUCUAGGAAUGGAAGAACUCCCCAAAGAGGGUGACAUCAUCGGGAUUGACGCAGAAUUCGUCUCCUUGAAUCAGGAAGAAGCAGAGAUUCGUAGCGAUGGGACACGAUCAACCAUCAAGCCCAGCCAGAUGUCGGCAGCUAGAAUCAGCGUCACUCGAGGAGAGGGACCUCUUACUGGUCAACCUUUCAUUGAUGACUACAUAUCCACACAAGAACAGGUUGUAGAUUAUCUGACUAAGUUCUCAGGCAUCAAGCCAGGUGAUCUUGAUGCCACCAUCUCCUCCAAGCAUCUCACCACCCUGAAGGCCACAUAUCUCAAGCUCAGAUAUCUGCUGGACUGCAAGGUCAAGUUUGUUGGUCAUGGUCUCCGCAAGGAUUUCAGGGUCAUAAACCUCCUGGUUUCACACAAGCAAGUGAUUGACACAGCAGCACUCUUUAACCUUCCAAAACAGAGGAUCUUGUCUCUUCGGUUCCUAGCCUGGUUCUUCCUUGGUAAGAUAGAAACACUUCCAUCGAGUCACUUUCAGUGCUAUUUUCAAGCUUAUUUGAUUUCAAUGGGGGAGUAA